AGCGUGUAACAACUGCGGAAGUAAGCCGAGCCGUGCGAGCGUCCACAACUCCUAGAGGACUGCUCUUAUCAUUAUUACUUGUCUAUUUCGGAUAAACCUCAGUCAGAAUGUCAGGUUUCGACAGCAACCCGUUUGAAAACCCAGUAGACGUCAACCCUUUUCAGGAUCCUUCUGUCACACAGGUGACGCAUUCAGGAGGGGAUCCAAUGCAGCAAUACCAGCCUUUCUCUCCUGGUGAUGCUGGACCUCUGACAGGCACCACUAUCCCGGCCUCUACUGUCCCGUCCCAGCCAGCCGUGCUACAGCCCUCAGUGGAGCCGAGCCCUCAGGUAGCCGCAGCUGCAGGGCAGGCCAAUCUGCUGAGACAGCAAGAAGAGCUGGAAAGGAAAGCAGCUGAGCUCGAGCGCAGAGAACAGGAGCUGCAGAGCAGAGAGCGAGUUACAGGCAAAGAGAACAACUGGCCUCCGUUGCCUAAAGUAUUUCCCAUAAAGCCAUGUUUCUAUCAGGACUUCUCAGAGGAAAUUCCCGAACAGCACAGGCGCCUCUGCAAAAUGCUGUAUUACCUGUGGAUGUUGUAUUCCGUGACAUUGUUUUUAAACGUGCUGGCAUGCCUGGCGUACUUCACGGCUAAAGCUGAUUAUGGAGUGGAUUUUGGCCUCUCCAUUCUGUGGUUCAUCCUCUUCACUCCCUGCUCUUUUAUCUGCUGGUUCCGUCCCGUCUACAAGGCUUUCAAGUCCGACAGUUCCUUCAAUUUCUUUUCCUUCUUCUUUGUCUUCUUUGCCCAAAUUGCAGUGAUCAUUAUUCAGUGUGUCGGUAUACCACGAUGGGGCAACAGCGGUUGGAUUUCAGCUCUCACCGAGAUCGGAGGCCAUCUUGCCGUGAGCGCCGUGAUGAUGGUGGUUGCAGUUUUCUUCACCGUGUGCGCUGUGCUGUCGGUCAUCCUCCUUAAAAUGGUUCACUCUCAUUACCGGCGCACGGGUGCAAGCUUUCAGAAAGCGCAGCAAGAGUUCUCACAGGGCGUCCUCACCAAUCGCACGUUCCAGACCGCAGCAGCAAGCGCAGCCGCCUCGGCAGCCCAGGGUUCCUUUCAGAGGAACUAAAUUAAGCAGAAAACAGCCAAAUCCCCUCAGCCACCCGAGAGCCACGGUGCCAUAGAGUACACCGGCGCAGGCUGUGCAGCUCCCCCGUAAUGCUUUGUCCUUUGGACUGCAGAGAAAAUACUUCACAAAGUUCUGUGUAAAGCUGAGGGGAUGAAGGUACAGCACUCAGUAACGUGUCUGUAUAUUUGUAUGUAUGCUUUCAAUUUGAAUGUGUAUUGUGAUUUAUAUAUAUAUAUUUAGUUUUUUGUUUUUGCUGGAGACUAAAUUAAGGGUUAGUCAUGUCGGUGAAGGUACAACAGAAUCAGUGUGUCCGUAUCACAGAAUAACAACGAACAAAAACGUUUUUUUUUUCUUCUUCAUUAAAAUACAGUAAUGAUUGCAGCAUCAUUUAGAAACACAUCCAAACAGUUCCUAGCAAUUUCAGCCUUAUGGUGUUGAUUAAUUUACCACAUUCUGUGCUAUUAAAGUGCCAUUCAUUUCUGGAAGGCCAAA